CUCAAGAACGGCGAGCGGGUGGGCUACCACUUGUUUCACUCGAUCACGUUCCCUCAGAUCCACGAGCUGCCCAACCGCGUGCGCGGCAACAUGUUGUUCUGCGGCAUCUUCCACCAAGAAGGGCCAAACAGGACGGACUGCCGCGGUACGGGCAUCAUGGACCCGGGUGGUGACAUGAUCCGCGUGAUGGCAGUCAUGGGCAUGGUGCAGGCCACGAUGGCGGGCUUGAAGUACUCGUACUGCGGCCAGAUGAAGAAGCUGGCGUGGCUGCUGGAGAGGAAACAAGCUGAAGCUCGGGAGAGGGGAACUCCGGCGUUUGAGCCGUUCUGCGUGACCUGCUUGAGGGGCGUCAAGAGCUCCAAGCUCAGUGGGGCAGUGCACACUUGUAAGCUCUGCUUCGGCGCCGUGUGCAGUUCAUGCAAGGUCGUGAACAGUCUGAGCUUCAUCGCGCCAGACUCGACACUAGCACAGCGCAAGGUCUCGUUCUGCGUCAAGUGCGUGGUUGGAGCCACGCAGACGGACACGCUGGAAGCUGCUCGGGAGCAGCUCGUAGCGAAGAAGUCGGGUCUGUAUGGAUUGUCGGUGGCAUCCGACACCAGUACCUGCUCGGAGUGA